AUUCUGCUGACUGACCAGCAAGAUUUCCAGGCACAGGCUUUAUACUGAAAAUGAUAUUCGACAUGCCAGUCUCUCCUGGGGAGGUGACAACUCUCAUAAUUUUGGUGGUGGUUUUUGUUUUUGUAAGAACAUUAGGGAGCAAGAAAAAACAAGUGUCUUCUCCUGGCCCAUGGUCCUUCCCCAUCAUAGGAAAUCUUCUCCAACUUGGAGACCAUCCUUACCUUACAUUCAUGGAGAUGAGGAAGAAAUACGGAGAUGUUUUCCUUAUCAAACUUGGAAUGGUGCCUGUCCUGGUGGUGAAUGGGAUGGAAAUGGUGAAGCAGGUCCUGCUCAAAGAAGGAGAACAUUUUGCAAACAGACCUAACAUGCACACAUUUUCUUUCCUGGCAGAAGGAAAGAGUCUUUCAUUUUCAGUAAAUUAUGGAGAAAGUUGGAAGCUUCAUAAGAAAAUUGCCUCUAAUGCUUUAAGAACAUUUACCAAAGCAGAAGCAAAAUCCUCCACUUGCUCUUGCCUACUUGAGGAACAUGUCAUUGAGGAAGUUUCUGAGCUGAUGAAUGUCAUCAUAGAAUUGACUGCCAAGAAUGGCAGCUUUGACCUCAGAAAUGCGAUCACCUGUGCAGUGGCCAACGUUGUCUGUGCCCUUUGCUUUGGCAAGAGAUACGGCCAUAGUGACAAGGAGUUUCUUGGGGUAAUUAAGACAAAUGAUGAAUUACUGAAGGCCUCCAGUGCAGCUAACCCUGCUGAUUUCAUACCAUGGCUCCACUACCUUCCACUGAGCAUUAUAAAUGCUCCCCAGAAGCAUUAUCAGGUCCUAAAUCGGUUUAUUGCAAUACAUGUACAAGAUCAUCUUAUUACAUAUGAUAAGGACCAUAUUCGAGACAUUACUGAUGCUCUGAUUAAUACAUGCCACAACAAAUAUGCUGCUGCCAAAACUGCCACCUUAAAUGACAAUGAAAUCAUAAGCACCAUGAGCGACAUCUUUGGAGCUGGGUAUGAAACAGUAGCAACUUGCCUGUAUUGGAGCUUUCUUUAUUUGAUACAUUAUCCAGGAAUUCAAGCCAAAAUUCAAGAUGAAAUUGGUGGAAACAUUGGACUGAAAUCACUCAGAUUUGAAAACAGGAAAACUUUACCCUAUACAGAAGCUUUCAUAAAUGAAAUAUUCAGACACGCCUCCAUUAUUCCUUUUACUAUUCCACAUUGUACUACAACAGACACUACUCUGAAUGGCUAUUUCAUUCCCAGGAAAACUUGCACCUUUAUUAACAUGUAUCAAGUAAACCAUGAUGAAGCUAUUUGGGAUAAUCCCAAUUUAUUUAGACCUGAGAGAUUUCUAAAUGAAGACGGAGAACUGAAUAAAAGUCUUGUCGAAAAAGGUUUGAUAUUUGGAAUGGGAAUCCGGAAGUGUCUGGGAGAAGAUGUCGCACGAAAUGAAGUAUUCCUUUUCAUCACCACCAUUCUGCAACAGCUCAAGCUGCAGAAAUGCCCGGGAGCCCAGCUUGACCUGACUCCCAUCUGCGGGUUAGUCAUGAAGCCAAUACCGUACCAACUCAAAGCAGAACUCUGCUCCUCAGCCAGUUCAUCUGCCUAGAUGCUCUGACUGGGGAGAGGGGUUUAUUUAAUUCACAAAAAUUAUGUGGCUCAAAUUUGUUUAACAGGAAAUUUAAGUUCUCACCACUGA